AUGCCUGCCAGUCGCACCCAUCAGAACGGCGCCGCCCAGUUCAACCAGAAGCUGAAGAACCUCUUUCGCAUCAACCUAAACAGCGGCGCCGAUCGGGACAGGGAGAAGUCGUCCACCGCCCACGUCCAUUCCUCUCAGGAUGCCCCCACGCGCCCCGAAGUACGGAGCAAGUUCGGAAGCAGCUUCUUCAAAGGCACCGUCGGUCGAUUGAGGACGAACACCACCGCGAGCGAAGGAAAUCCCCUCGACGAGGCUCUUAGCCCGACCGCACACGCGAAUCCCUACUUCGCACACCAGGGCCAGCCGGGCCUCCGUCACCACAAUAACGAAUCUGUACCACCCAGUCCCCCCGAUACCCCCAACUUCAAGAUUCAAGGCCCUGACGGUGGCCCCGAACAGACUACGAGUGCCGGGAGGGAAGAAUUGGCACGGAAACUUAGGAGAGUCGCGAGUGCUCCCAACGCCCAGGGUCUUUUUUCCAAGGGCAAGGGUAGUGCCGAACGGCCGGCCACCGCAGAGCUCGCGAAGGAUCCUCUCGUCAUAAAUAAAGACUCGGGCACCCUCGAGAUGGUCGACGCCGCCAGCCUCAACGGCUCCGCCUCUGCCGCAAACCUGGGUAUACCCGACGCAGAUACUCUUGGUAACCUGCCACCACCCAAUCGCAAUAGCCUCGCCUUCAGGAGGACGUAUAGCUCCAACUCCAUCAAGGUUCGCGAUGUUGAGGUCGGCCCUCAAAGUUUUGACAAGAUCAAGUUGAUUGGAAAGGGAGAUGUCGGCAAGGUCUACUUGGUCCGCGAGAAGAAGAGCAGCCGGCUCUACGCGAUGAAAGUGCUGAGCAAGAAGGAGAUGAUCAAGCGAAACAAGAUCAAGCGCGCUCUCGCCGAGCAAGAAAUUCUGGCCACGAGUAACCACCCGUUCAUCGUAACGCUUUACCACUCCUUCCAAUCGGAGGACUACUUGUACCUGUGCAUGGAAUACUGCAGUGGUGGAGAGUUCUUCCGAGCACUUCAGACCCGCCCUGGCAAGUGCAUUCCUGAGGACGAUGCUCGAUUCUACGCCGCCGAGGUUACGGCGGCUUUGGAAUAUCUGCACUUGAUGGGCUUCAUCUACCGCGAUUUGAAGCCGGAGAACAUUUUGCUCCACCAGUCGGGCCACAUCAUGCUUUCGGACUUUGAUCUGUCUAAGCAGUCCGACCUCGGUGGUAAACCCACCAUGGUUGUCGGCAAGAAUGGUGCCAGCACUACGUCAAUGCACGUCGACACUCGAUCGUGUAUCGCCAACUUCCGCACAAACUCGUUUGUCGGAACCGAAGAGUACAUCGCCCCGGAGGUCAUUAAGGGUAGCGGCCACACUAGUGCGGUGGACUGGUGGACGCUUGGUAUCCUGAUUUACGAGAUGCUUUACGGCACCACCCCGUUCAAGGGCAAGAACCGCAACGCCACCUUCGCGAAUAUCCUGAGAGAGGACAUUCCCUUCCCCGACCACGCCGGGGCUCCGCAAUUGACCAACCUUUGCAAAUCCCUGAUUCGCAAACUACUCAUCAAGGACGAGAACCGUAGGUUAGGUGCCAAAGCCGGCGCUUCGGACAUCAAGGCGCAUCCGUUCUUCAGAACAACCCAAUGGGCGUUGAUUCGUCACAUGAAGCCGCCAAUUGUACCCGUCGCGGGUCGUGGUGUCGACACUGUCAACUUCCGCAACGUCAAGGAAAGCGAGAGCGUGGAUUUGAGCGGGUCGCGGCCGAUGAACGUGAAAGGAGUGCCCCUGGACAGCGGUCUGGCAACUCCUGGUGGUGAAGUUGCCGACCCUUUCGAAGAAUUCAACAGCGUCACUCUCCACCAUGAGGGUGACGAGCACAGGUGA